CUAGAUUUGGUAAUCGAUAGUUGGGCAGCACUGGCUGGGCUCCAGAGCUUAGCUUCAAUUUUCAACACCAGAGAAGUUGCAAAGUGCGGAGAAAAAUCAGUUGGGAUAUCAGCAAAAUGAAAAGCAGCUCCUGCUCGAAAUAGAACCUCUGCUCGGUUUAUUCGUUUCUCGUGCGGCGUCGCUAGCAACGCGUGCCACGGUCCACCGGAGCGGCAGUUGAAAGGAUAACUUCCCCGUGCAAGUUUUCAGGCGAAGGAGAGCGGCGGGGGGCCGGAGUGCUGGACGCGCAGACAGCGCGGAAUCGAUAUCGAUGGUACGCACCAAAAACCAGUCGUCCUCCUCCAGCGCCAGCAGCAGCAGCACCAAGUCACCGAUCAAAUCCAGCGGCGGAGCAGGAUUCUCGUCCGGAGGAGUCGGCGGUGGUCGCCAGUCCACGCAUCGCUCGUCGAGCGCCUCCAACGUAGCGGCUGUUAUCGGGGGUGGAUCUUCAUCCUCGCAAGGCGUUGGCGGCGGAGGUUCCUCCUCGAAUCGCCGCAGUCCGGGCAGCUCGCCGGAUUCGCCGGACGACGACACCACCACCACAGAUGACCUGACCCCCACUACUUGCUCCCCGCGCAGCGGCCACCAUCAUCCGUACGGCUACGGCUACUCGUCCUCCGUGCACAAGCAGAACCUCUACGUCGUCUCGUUCCCCAUUAUCUUUCUGUUCAACGUUCUGCGCUCGCUGAUUUAUCAGCUGUUUUGUAUUUUUCGCUACCUCUACGGGGCGAGCACAAAGGUGAUUUACCGCCCCCAUCGACGCGACUGCAACAUCGAGAUUGUGGUGCAGAAUUCUUCUAAAGAGGAGCAGAAUCUCUCGGAGCUCAACAGCGAUUGUGCUGGACAGGAGCAGCAGUUAUCCCAUCAGCCGCAGCGUUUUCGGCCCAUUCAACCACUGGAAAUGGCCUCUAAUCGUCCGGGAGGCGGGUACUCACCUGGUCCCGGUGAUCCGCUGCUGGCCAAGCAGAAGCAUCACCAUCGUCGCGCCUUCGAAUACAUCUCCAAGGCACUGAAGAUUGACGAGGAGAACGAAGGUCACAAAGAGCUGGCAAUUGAGCUGUACCGCAAAGGCAUCAAAGAGCUGGAGGAUGGCAUAGCUGUCGACUGCUGGAGUGGACGUGGCGAUGUAUGGGAUAGGGCUCAGCGGCUGCAUGACAAGAUGCAGACGAACCUUUCGAUGGCCCGAGACCGUCUCCACUUUCUGGCGCUGCGUGAGGAGGAUUUGCGAAUGCAGCGUCUCUCCCUGAAGGAGAAGCAGCAGAAGGAGCAGGCGGCUCAGAAGUCCAGGGAGCCCAUGCUGGCGGGCAUGACCAGCGAACCCAUGAAGCUUAAUAAGGUGCGCAGCAGCGGCUACGGGCCCAAGGCCACCCAGCCCACGGCUUCUGGCCGCAAGUUAACCAUUGGUAGCAAGCGUCCCGUUAAUCUGGCCGUGGCCAACAAGUCACAGACGCUGCCGCGCAACCUUGGCUCCAAAACAUCCGUGGGCGCUGUCCAAAGGCAGCCAGCCAAGACGGCUGCCACGCCCCCCGCCGUUCGGCGCCAGUUUUCUUCGGGACGCAAUACGCCGCCGCAGCGCUCGCGAACUCCCAUAAACAACAACGGACCCAGCGGCAGUGGCUCCAGCACUCCGGUGGUGAGUGUCAAAGGGGUGGAGCAAAAGCUGGUGCAGCUCAUCCUGGACGAGAUUGUCGAGGGCGGCGCCAAGGUGGAGUGGACGGACAUUGCCGGCCAGGAUGUGGCCAAGCAGGCGCUGCAGGAGAUGGUCAUUCUGCCCUCCGUCCGACCGGAGCUGUUUACGGGACUCCGUGCCCCAGCCAAGGGACUAUUGCUGUUCGGUCCACCCGGCAAUGGCAAGACUCUGCUGGCCCGCGCCGUGGCCACAGAGUGCAGCGCCACCUUCCUGAACAUUUCGGCCGCCUCGCUGACCAGCAAGUAUGUGGGCGAUGGCGAGAAACUGGUGAGGGCCCUCUUCGCGGUGGCCCGUCACAUGCAGCCCUCCAUUAUUUUCAUCGACGAGGUGGAUUCGCUACUCUCCGAGCGCAGCAGCAGUGAACACGAGGCAUCGCGCCGCCUGAAGACCGAGUUUCUGGUGGAGUUCGAUGGGCUGCCUGGUAAUCCGGAUGGCGAUAGAAUCGUGGUGCUGGCCGCCACCAAUCGACCGCAGGAAUUGGACGAGGCCGCCCUGCGACGGUUCACGAAGCGCGUUUAUGUCUCACUGCCCGAUGAGCAGACCCGCGAGCUGCUCCUCAAUCGAUUGCUGCAAAAGCAGGGCAGUCCGUUGGAUACGGAGGCGUUGCGUCGCCUGGCCAAGAUCACAGACGGUUACUCUGGCUCCGAUUUGACGGCCCUGGCCAAGGACGCCGCCCUGGAGCCCAUCCGCGAGUUGAAUGUGGAGCAAGUGAAGUGCCUGGACAUCAGUGCCAUGCGUGCAAUCACGGAACAGGACUUUCACAGCUCGCUAAAGCGCAUCAGGCGCUCGGUGGCGCCGCAGAGCCUCAACUCGUACGAGAAGUGGUCGCAGGACUACGGCGACAUUACCAUCUAGUCUGUUCUAGCCAGCGAACCUGCCCUCCUGUGAUGUGAGUGUCAGUCCGUAAUCCCUAGCCGUUCUAGUUUUGAUCCCAUGUGACCCAUGUUUCUCUUCGUCAUCCAAGGUUC